UCUGUCGUUGGACACAUGGCUAACUCCUUCGUUGUAGAUUGACUCUCACAAUGGGUGAAGUCAAUUCAAGCAUUUUUAACCUGAGGAGGCACCUGAGGGAGACCAGGUCUCGGCCUUGGUUGACCAAUAGUGCCCUCCGACGGUCUCCCCCUUCUGGUCUCAAUGGUGGUGAAGAUGCCCCUUCACUAUCGGAGAGUACCACUGUGACCCUUGUCUCGGACCAGCCACCUUCCACUGCUGGCAAGUGUGAUCCUGAGGAGCAACGUACGGACAGCACCAAAGAAGAGCAGGUUCAACCCUGUCUCUCCCAGGCGAAAGCCAGGGCUUCCAAAAUCCCCCGUUGGGUGGGUCUGAAAGGUGUCUUGUCCCGAAUCUGCCAACCUCGACCACUUGCUAGGGAAGGUGUGCUUGGGAAGGUCAAGUCAACUGCCAUUUCUCCUACCGUCACAGAGGAGAAGACCCUGGCGUCUCGGCUUCCCGUUCGCAUCAGGAGGUUCUUCACUGGGAGACGGUCUGCCUCACCGCAGAUACGACGUAGUAAGACACCGGUUGCUUAUGCGGGAAUGUCCACAGACAAAGGGGUUGGCACUAGUGGGCUCGAGGGCUAUAUGAUGACGGUGACUUUUCGUCCGAAGGGCACAGCUAAGCCGAAGCAGAGCAGACAGAAACCGGAGCGGAUCAGGGCUCAUCGGGGUAGGUGCUUGCACCCCUCGAUCCUGAAGCACCGUGUGGAAGUCUGCGCUGAGGCGAAGCUGGGCGUACCGACUGAUGUGGGCCAAGGUGUGAAAACCGACCCUGCAAAGUCAAAGAAGGUACGCUUCUCAUCGGCACUCACAUCGCGGAUCACAAUUCCCAGGGACCAGCUUUCGAGCAAAGUCCAUAAAUGCUGUGGUCGCGUUGAGUGCCGGAGAUGCCCUGAGGAUCGACCGAAGCAUUUGUCAGGUGGUGCAUGGCUAGAUGCUCAGGCAGUGCUGGGGUAUGACUACCUGAAGCAUUCCGGAGGCCUGUUCGGUAAUGAACGUCAUGAGUUGGACACGAUGGGGAGCGUGUUCUCCUGAUGACUUCAAAGCCCGACGCUCCGGAGGUAAGUAUGGCAUUGGUGCCAAGGUGGUGGAAUGGCUGCAAGUCAACUGUCCUGUUUUCGCUGGGGCUAUCACUGAUAAUGGGCGUUGCUUGUAUGUCGGAAGUCUCGGGACGCUGGGACUUCCUUGGGGUGUUAAUGCGCAGGAGCAGGAUUCAGGUGACGCACAUCCAUUGACUCUGAGCACGAAGAAAAUCACAAAAAAGGGGAGAGUGCAGGACGCUGUGCUUGAGCCACCAAAAAAAUGUUAAAGAAAAGCAAAAAAUCAUACUCUUUAGUUAGCUUGCAUUUGCUUUUAGUGCUCAGAGCUGGAUGUGCGAUUGCCUGGGAGGACUUGUGGUGACGGCUAAUGUGGUUAUAGGGUUUUCCUCCUUCAUUGGAGAUGCCCCCUUAUGGGGAUGGCAGGACGCUUGCGUUGAU